GGGGGAUAAUUAUUAGUCAUUCUCAAACGCAUUUUCCCAAUUUUAAAGACUUACCGAUGGAAGACUAACAGAUAAAUCGACUUGAAAUUUUCGCAUACAAUACUUUAACUUAUAUACUUGAUACCAGUAUACUUCAUCAGGCGAAAAUCUGAAACUGAUCUUUGGCCAGUUUUCCGGGCCUUCUGGCCCACAGUGGAUUGAAACGAAUCGGCACACUCGCGAGAAAAACAGACGGAAAGCGAGAAGCUUGAGUCUCGACUCGCUCGCGACAAAGCAGCAGUGAUUUCGGCUGAGGACAGAAAUGAAAAUCGAAAUCCGUGAUGGGCAAAAUUUUUCGCGUGUUCCACAGUUGACACAUUUUCUCCCGACGUUCUCAGGUUCCGCUUGACAAGGGGACACGCGUGCGGAGACACUAAACCUGAAGAGGACACCUCCGGCGUUGCGCACUGCACAUUGUUCUCUCUGCCUGCCGUGUCGUAUCGCGGCGCACGGAAAAUUUCAGUCCCGUGAGAGAAGCACAAUUUAGCGAUAAAUCGAAUUGCAGGCGACGCGACAUGAGAAUCCAUAAACAUUCCAUCGGACGGCAACGCGACGACGCGGUAUAUCUCGCGUGCAACGGCGGCCGUUGAACGCUGCAAAUAAAGCGAUGCUGCAGUAUUUAUGAGCGGCACGAGGGAAGCUUCGUUGGAGAAAGGUAACCCUGAUGAAUAAUAUCCACCGGCAGCGGAGUGUAACAGAGACGACUCCGUUUCGUUAAUAACCGUCAUUAAUGAUAUAGCUACAAAAUGCCGUUGGAACUCGCAGACAGCAUCGUAGUUCGCGCGCCGCGCUAUCGUCUAUGUUUGUUCUGUCUCUCCGCCGGUUUCUCCGCGAUACAGAGAACAAGUUACAUUCCCGAAUCGUUUGCGGAUCACGCGACGGGCCACGUUUCUUUUCCCUUCUUUAUACCGGCGUUUUCAUUGCCAAGCCGAAUUCACUUUACACAAUUACGUAGAAAAAGAAAAAAUAAAACCCGAUGCCAAAUGCGACACCCGCGCGUCGCCCGAGCUCGAUUCGUCUUAAGACCGACCAAGACCGCUCGCGAUAAUUAAUCACGAUAAUUAAUCGCCUCGUCUGAGCGUCGUGAGAGGUAAGGAAGCGCCGCGAGAAUACGAUGCCCUGAUAAAAUCCGCGGUCGCGCGAUCGUCAGUAUGGAGCUGCUUGCGUUGAAUUUUUUCAUAUAUACCAUGGGCGGUAUAUGGCGGCCGGUCGAGUGGACGUCGGGCUGUGCCAAGCUGUUGUACAGCGUGUUCAGCUUCUGCACGAUAGUCCCAAUGUACUUGUUCAUGCUGACCCAAUUCAUGGAUCUCGUUCUCGUGGUCGAUAACGUGGACGACUUCAUCACGAAUUCCCUCAUGUUUAUGACCAUCGUCGCUGUUUGCUGCAAGGCGACGAUCGCGAUGUUACGUCGCGAUGUGAUCAUCGACCUGGUGCAGACGUUGUCGCGGGAGCCGUGCAAGCCUCAGGACGCGGACGAGGUGGCGAUACAGACGAAGUUCGACGAGUUCAUCAGGUCGUGCUCGAUCAAGUACUCGAUUCUGGCCACUAGCUCCCUUACGUGCGUUACCAUCAGAUCGGUGCUAAACGCUAUGCAGGGUAUCUUGCCUUACAGAGCGUGGCUGCCGUAUGACUCUACUUUAUCCUUGGCCUUCUGGAUCACGUCGAUUCAGCAGAUGAUCUCUUUGGUCUUCGCCACCAUCAUCAGCGUCGGCACCGAGACCGUCGUGUGCGGCCUGUUUCUGCAAACGUGCGCGCAACUCGAGAUCUUCGAAAGGCGUUUGCACAAACUGGUGAUCGGCAGAACGGUUGAGAAAGCCGCCAACGGGCAAAGGGGAUGGUAUUCGGCCGAUCCGCAGCUUCAUGACAAGAGGAUGAUUUCGGGCAACAUACGUCAUCACCUUGGUAUUUACGAGUACGCCAAAGCGGUGAACAGCGCGUUCAACCAGAUACUCUUCGUUCAAUUCUUCUGUAGUAUAUUGCUACUGUGCACCAGUGUGUAUUACUUGUCAUCUCACAUUACGGAAUUCGCGACUGCUACGUUGGUAAUAUACACCAUUGGCAUGUUUGUGCAAAUUUAUGUCUAUUGCUGGUCCGGAAACGAAGUCAUACUUAAGAGUACGAAUGUAGGAGACGCGAUAUACCACACGGACUGGCCUCUGCUGACGAUCAGCGAGAAGAAAGAUCUGCUGAUGAUUAUGAGACGUAGUACAAUUCCUAUCAAAUUCACCAGUAGUUUCCUCAUAACCCUGUCUCUGCAGUCUUACAGUAACAUUCUGAAAACGUCGUACUCGGCGUUUAACGUGCUGCAACAGUCGUGAGGUGGAAACAGUCGAGAAUAAUCGCGUAAUCGCGCCCGGAAGUAAUGACAACGAUAACAGCGCUGUAGCAUAUAUGUGUACAAUAAUAGCGGUUACGUAGACGUAAAAAUCCCCGCCAGCGUGCUUGCAUUGUUCCCCACGUCCGAAUCACGCGAUUGCAACAAAUCGGCACACUCGCGAGAAAAACAGACGGAAAGCGAACAGCCUGAAUCCCCCGACUCACUUGCGCCAAAGUAGCUGUGAUUUCGGCUGAGGACAGAAAUGAAAAUUGAAAUCCGCUCCGUGAUGGGCAAAAGUUCGCGCGUGUUCGACAGUUGACACAUUUUCUCCCGACGUUCUGUCGUUCCGCUCGACAAGGGGACACGUGUGCAGAGACAUUAAACCUGAAGAAAACACCUCCGGGGUUGCGCAGUGCACAUUGUCCCCUCCCCCUGACCGCGUCGUAUCGAAGGGCACGGAGAACUUCACUCUCGUGAGAGAAGCACAAUUUAGCGAGAAAUCCAAUUGUCGGCGACGCGACGUGAGAAUACAUAAACAUUCCAUCGGACGGCAAGGCGACGACGCGGUAUAUCUCGCGUAAGAUGGCAGCUGCUAAGCGCUGCGAAUAAAGUGAUGCAGUAUUUAUGAGCGGCACGAGGGAAACUUCGCUGGAGAAAGGUAAUCCUGAAGAAUAAUGUCCACCGGCAGCGGAGUGUUCCAGCGUAACAGAGACAACUGCGUUUCGUUAAUGACCGUCAUUAAUGAUAUAGCCACAAAAUGCCGUUGGAACUCGCAGAGAGCAUCGUAGUUCGCGCCGCGCAAUCGUCUAUGUUCGUUCUGUCCCUCCGCCGGUUUCUCCGCGAUAUCGAGGAAAAGUUACAUUCCUGAAUCGCUUACGGAUCACGCGCCAGCGCACGUUCGUUUUCUUUUCUGUAUACCGACGUUCUCAUUGCCAAACCAAAUUCGUUUCACACAAUUACGUAAAAGGAGAGAAAAUAAAAUCCGGCGCCAAAUGUGACAUGCGCGCGUCGCUCAUGUCAUUCGUCUUGAGGCCGACCGAGACCGCUCGCGAUAAUUAAUCACGGUAAUUAACCG